CUGAAAGCUGCCCUUGCAGAGAUAAGGUCUUUGAAACAAGGAGAAUCUUUUUCGUACCAAUUUCUUGCCAAAAAACAUGGUGUUUCCCGCACUACUUUGACAAAACACCACCAGGGUUGGAGAACAACCUGUACAGGGGCUCAUGAUCAACGCCAACUACUAUCACAACGCGAUGAGGCAGAGCUUGUACAAUACAUCAGAAGCCUCACUGAGAAACACUGUCCACCUACACAGCAAAUGAUUAUCAAUUUCGCAACUCCCUUGUGCAAAUGGGAGCCUUCUGAGGCAUGGGUUACAAGGCUUAUUCACCGUCAUAACGACACCCUUAUCACUGCCUGGACCACCCCCAUGGAAAGCAAUUGUCAUAAGGCUGAUAACGGUGAAAGA